GCCUAUAUAGGCAGCUUGCGGGGCGUUUCUUCGCGCUCCGGUAGCAGUGCGGAUAUUGAGAGGACGUGGGGUUGUCGGGCUGCGAGCCCCAACUAAGCCUGAAUCUCAGGGACGAUGGCGGAAGGCGAUAAUCGCAGCACCAAUCUGCUGGCUGCGGAGACUGCAAGUCUGGAAGAGCAGCUGCAAGGAUGGGGAGAAGUGAUGCUGGUGGUUGAUAAGGUCCUCAGAUGGGAGAAGGCCUGGUUUCCACCUGCCAUCGUGGCUGUGGUCUCUCUGGUAUUUCUGAUUAUCUAUUACCUAGAUCCAUCUGUUCUGUCCGGCGUUUCCUGUUUUGUUAUGUUUUUAUGCUUGGCUGAUUACCUUGUUCCCAUCCUAGCGCCUAGAAUUUUUGGCUCCAAUAAAUGGACCACCGAACAACAGCAGAGAUUCCAUGAGAUCUGCAGCAAUGUAGUAAAGACUCGACGCAGAGCCGCGGGCUGGUGGAAACGGCUCUUUACGCUGAAAGAAGAAAAGCCGAAAAUGUACUUCGUGACCAUGAUCAUUUCUCUUGCGGCAGUUGCUUGGGUGGGACAGCAAGUCCAUAACCUGCUUCUCACGUGCCUGAUAGUGACUUUCCUACUGUUGCUUCCUGGACUAAACCAACAUGGCAUCAUUUCGAAGUACAUUGGAAUGGCCAAAAGGGAGAUAAACAAGCUUCUGAAACAAAAAGAAAAGAAAAAUGAAUAAUACAUCUGUUUCGUUCAGUGUGAUUAAUGGAAUGUGCAUUGCCCCGAGGAUAGUUUCUACCUUGGUGUGUGGAUCCUGAAAUGCUACAGAAGUAGCUCUUUGCUUUCCCUCACUCUGCCCCUAGUAGAAAUUCACACUUGCCCAUCAGGCUUUGUGCAUAGUGUCGUUGUGUCAACUGUAUCUGGGCGCAUUCUUGUAAGCCACCAGUGGAUAAGGCUUGUUUUGAUUUUUCUCACCCAGUGUGAACUGAAUCCUUACUUUUGACAACUUCUUUUAAAAUAAUACAGUGGUGAACUUUAUUCUUCAGUACAGUUAAUAGUGCUUGAAAAAUUGUUUUGAUUGAUAUUUGUUUCCGCUAGACACCAGGAGGCGGUCUGUGGCUACAGGAAGCUAGUCCUACUGGCCACUUCCGUAGCCUGCUUAAAAAACUGUCCGGCUUCAUGAAUAUAAAGACCAAGUUAGCCCACCUGACGAAGAGGCCAGGGAUCAUUCCUCAUGCUGUUUCUUUACCAUCGGAGAAGAAUCUCGAUGGAAUAAAAUGAAAUUGAGUCCAUGCCCUUGUCCCUGUAGGUUUCUCCCUUUUGUGAAGACUGGUGGUGAUUUCUGGGAAUCGUUGAUCCUGAUAUUCCAUAGGGGAGUCUGACAGCUGUAGAACUCUUGCUCUCUGCCCUACUUUAUUAGUGAGUCCUCACAGGGCUUUGCAUAGCAGAUUUCCAAGCAGUUGUAUUCCAGGGUGUUUAGUACACCUUUUAUUUCAGGUUUUUACAAUGCACCCAGUAGGUUAAAAUGCAAGUCUGUGACCUUUAUUCUAACACCAGCCAGUAAAGGACAAAAGUUCUUCUGUUUAGUUAAGAUUCACAGCAGUAGAAAAGUGAAAUUACUCAUUUUUAAGAUAAGAAAAGGCCUUCAAAGGUGAGCCUCAUAAUUCUCACUUUAUAGUAAUAUUAGUUGCAUUUUGAUUGCUGUGCUUUUGCAAUGUUGUAAGUACACUGGCAUCUGACUGUUUCCACAGUUCUCUCCAAGGACUGUGGUGAGAGUGGGCUUGUGAUGAUAGACCGGCCGCUGGCCCACACAGAUUUUGUAACUCCUUGGAAAGCUCCUCAGAAUCAUUCUUUCCCUCUCAGUAGCUGGAAACUUAGCGUAAGAAUGAACCUUUGAGGGCCAAAAAAUGUGACGUAUUUGGGAACAACUCUUCAACUGCUUAACUAGCUGUAAUAUAGUUCUGUGAAGUCAUUGCACUGAUGCUGUAAAACCUUGUGGUAGAUCUGUCCUUAAAUAAGCCUUGUUUUUUCCCCUUCCAUAUUGCUGUAAACACCGGUGCCCGUUAUCGUUUAUUUUUAAUUUUUUAAAAAAUAUUUUCAUAUGACUACGUUAAUUUUACAUGUGUUUCUUCACUGUAAAUAAGCCUGUCUUACCUGGAUUUUUGUGUGUAUGAAUGUGUGUUCUACCAGUUAACUACCUUGGCAGUUUUAAUCCUAUGUUUUUUCUUUGUUUUGUGUGAAAAAGUAAAAAUAAAAGCUGGAAUCUCUU